GGCGGAUUUGCAGUACCUGGGUUGCCUAUGUCAGACUGAGUAUCACUAAUGUUGCUGAGCUCUGUCGCUGCGUUCUGCUGCUGCUGUGUCAUUCUACUGCUCCUCCGCCGGCUGCCCAGGGUACUCAUGGCCCCCACCGAGAAACCAUUCUUCAGGAUUGCUUACAGCCUCUACACUAAGACCAGACUGGGCUACCUCUUCUACAAGCGGCAGCUAAAGAAAGCGCGUGAACGCUAUCCCCAUGGGCAUUCAUCCACCCAAGCCAUCGUAUUCAGUGGGGUUAAAGUGGUGCCCAUUCCAGUCCUUUCCGAUAACUACAGUUACCUGAUUAUCGACACCACAUCCAGCUUGGCUGCAGUCGUGGACCCUUCUGACCCUCUAGCUGUACAGGCACACCUAGAGCGGGAGGGGGUGACGCUGGAGGCCAUCUUGUGCACCCACAAGCACUGGGAUCACAGUGGAGGCAAUAAGGCACUAAAGAGGCUGUACAAGUCUUGUCGGGUGUAUGGAAGUUCUUAUGAUGACAUCCCGGAACUGACACAUGCCCUGUCUGACCGGGAGCAAUUGUCGGUCGGAAGAAUUCAGCUCCAGGCGUACUUCACCCCAGGUCACACGGUGGGACACAUGAUCUAUGUGCUGGAUGGGAAAUCCGGAGAUGGACCAGACUGUCUCUUUUCUGGGGAUUUGCUGUUCCUCGCAGGCUGUGGGAGGAUGUUUGAGGGAUCGGCAGAGACCAUGCUCACUUCACUGGACACUGCUGCUUCUCUGAAUGACAGCACUCUCCUUUGGCCUGGCCAUGAGUAUGCAGCAGACAACCUGACAUUUGCAGCUGUGGUUGAGCCUGAGAACGCCGUCCGGGACAAGAAGUGUCAGUGGGUUCUGCACCGCAGGCUUGAGAAGAAGAGCACGUGCCCAUCCACCAUUGGAGAAGAAAAGGAAUAUAAUCCUUUCCUGCGCACCCACUGCAGAGACCUGCAUCAAGCUCUAGACCUCCAACGAGGGGCCAACGAGGACUGGAAUCACUUCCGUGCCCGGGUUCUGGAAGAGGUUCGCAAGAGAAAGGACCUUUUCAAAGAGAGAUAGACCUACAGGCUCACUAACUGCGUGUGUCUGAAAGCUGGACAGAAGUAUCAACAAAUUAAUAAUAAUAAUAGUGAACCAAUUACAUUAGAUCCAUGCAGCUUCUCUUCCACUUUUGGGUUCAGACAAAGAGGAACCUCAACGCAUAUUCCCUCAUGCCGUUUAGUGAUACUCAAUGGCAACGCUGCUUUCAACGACUUGUUUGGGACCUUCCCCACAGGGAGAUUCAGAUACAAAUCUGUAUCUCAUUUACUGUUUAUUUUGGGUAAAUGGAAAGUGUUUUGCACAUGUAGCCUUUAGAAAUCCAGACUAAAUAGUCCGCUAUUGGUUAAACAGGGUGAUGUUGUUCUGAUACCACCCUCUGCCCCCCUGGUGCCAUCUUAUGCUAUAUAUUCUUGGAUUGUAUAUCAUGCUGGAUUAAACAAACAGAACAAGUAUAUUACAAAAUAACGUUUAUGAAAUAGGGGCAAUGGGGGAAAUAAAGCACUACUUUGGGAUCAGCCACUAAAUAUAAAACAGCCCAAGCUGGCAGAACAACUAUGGGCACAAUUAGACUGUUCUGUUGCACAAAAUAUAAAAAGUUCACACCGGCAGAAUGGCCAUGGGCUCAAUUGGAUCUUUCUAUUUCACAAAGUGUAAAACAUUACAAGCUUUGUUCUGCUGUAUACACUGAAAGAUUGAAUACACAGUAAAGAACAAGGGUUCACACUGACCAAUUUUCUGGAGAGCAGGUUUCUGGGAGAUAGAUUGGCAGCUCCCUCUGACUGUUGCCAGGCUGAUAUACAAAAUAUGUUGCCCGUGAUACAACCUGCAACCCCUGAAAAUAAUAAUGGUUAAUGAGUAAUAGGAUUUCUUUCUAUUAAUUACUGUGAUUUAUAUUGUAUUUAUGUUUUUUGUGCCGAUUCUGAGGAUUCCUAUAAAUGUGAACGUGGGGAUGCAAAACAAUGUCUUCCUGCCCUCCAGUAUGUGUAAUUGCAAAUACGCAGAUAUAUAGAGGGAGAGAGAGAGAGAGAUGAUCCAAGUUCCAUACCUCAGUUGUUUGAGUUGAUGUAAUACAUUGGUUGAACCACAAAAAAAAAAAAUUUAAUUAGUUUUCUGUAGAUUUUGUAAUAUAAUUGAUUUUUUUUUAUAUAUGGUUUUAUUAAAACAUUUUGUUUUCUUUGUUUUGACAUGGGUAUAAACAUGUUUGUCUGUAUGUUGUCAGAACAACAAGCUGUAACCUGUAGUCAUAAUUAAAUCAGGGGGUAAACACCUCAGUGUGUCACUCAGUAUCACCAGUGGCAUAUAGAAUGCCAUGUACCAUGAGGAGUUUGCAUUUAUGGAAAGCAAUGUUAUCACUUAAAUUUCCUUAUUUUUGUAUGAUUGAGAGUAUUAGAAGUGGCUACAGAUAAGUAAUAAAACACUAGUUUCUGUC